CAUGUAACCUAUCCUUGGUACGACUUAACUGGUUUCGGAAAACAGCAUGUCAAAGUUCACAUCGUUAAAGGGACUGGUGAGUCUUGUGACGGGAGGGGCGUCAGGCCUGGGUCGUGCCACGGUGGAGAGGUUCACCAGACAGGGGGCCCGCGUGAUUCUCUGUGACCUUCCCUCCUCUGAUGGCCAACUAGUCGCGAAAUCCCUUGAAAACUGCACCUUCCUCCAGGCUGAUAUAACCUCAGAAGGAGAAGUGAAGGAAGUGUUAAGAUCCACAAUGACGGAUUACAAAAAGCUAGACGUCCUAGUGAACUGUGCAGGGAUUGGGGUCGCCAGGAAGACAUACAACAUCCACAAAAAUAAACCCCAUCCGCUGGAGGAGUUUGAGAGAGUGCUCAAGGUAAACACGCUGGGAACAUUUAACGUGAUCCGACAGGCCGUAGUUCUGAUGGCACAGAAUGAACCAAACGAGGACCAGGCAAGAGGCGUGAUCGUUAAUACGUCCAGCGUCGCCGCGUUCGACGGACAGAUGGGACAGGUGGCGUACUCAGCCAGUAAGGCGGCCAUUGCUGGGAUGACGCUACCUCUAGCUCGCGACCUCGGAGAGUACGGAAUUCGAGUCUGUACGAUUUGUCCUGGUAAGUUAUCUGUGUUAUUCACAGGAAGCCUCUAA